UUCUACGGUGAUUUGUUUGUUAAAUAUAUCAAUAAAAACAAUAUUAUAAUGUUGGUAGCUUCAAAGUCUCUGCUAGUUCUCGUGGUUUAUGUUACAAUCAGCGAUGCUGAAAUAACCGAGAUAGAUGACGAAAGUUGUGAGACUCUACAAUCGGAAAUACGCAUCACUAAAGACGAAUAUGAUGAAUUAGCACGUUUGAGAAGAACAUGCAGCGGUGAUGUAUCGGUCACGAAAUGCGAAGGAUUCUGUAACUCGCAAGUACAGCCAAGCGUCGUCACUACUACGGGCUUCUCAAAGGAGUGCUACUGUUGCCGUGAGAGUUAUCUGAAGGAAAGAUUUGUUAUUCUAAAUCAUUGCUACAACGCGGAUGGGAUCAAAUUGAUAGGCACGGAUGACGAAGUAAUGGAAAUCAAGAUACGGGAACCCGCCGAAUGUAAAUGUAUAAAGUGCGGCGACUUUGCGAGAUAAGACAGCAACAACUUGAAAUAUAAAUUAUACAUUUUCUCAGCAGUGAAAUUGCAACAAUUAUAUAUAACAGUUAUAUCAACAGAUAGAAAAGAAAUUAUUAUAUUGUAACGUUGGUAAAAAUAAAUAGUAUUUCCGAUGCAUUAUGUGAUGUGAAUCUACUCGUAGCCCCAAUUAUACAGCUCUAAAAUAUAUGUAUAUGCACAUUUUUACAUGUGAUGAUAAAUACAAAACUCUCAAAAGUUAAUUUUCUUUAAAUAUAUUUAUACAUACAUGUAUAUAAUUUAAUCCUGUAUAUAUGCAUAUUUUAAGAUAAAUAUACAUCAUUUAAAUUAAAAUUUAAUAUA